UUGGGCUCCGCCGCACCGCGCUGAGCUCCUGGUCCGCCUCAGUCUUGGGGAGCGAGUCAGGCCUGCCGCCGCCGCCGCCGCCGCCGCAUCGGGCUGCCGCAGCCCCGGGCCAGGCCCCGGCCGGGCAGAAGCACAGGGCAUCUGUUAUGCACCUUAAGCCAUACUGGAAACUCCAAAAGAGAGAGCUCCCUCUCGAAGUCAGCAAGGACACCCUGCGAACGCCUGUGAGCCACCAAAACUCUGUCAGUGAUGAAAAGGGCAAAGCUAACUACAUGAAACCAACUGUCUUUCCUUCAGCCUCCCUUGGCAAAGCAACAUCUAGAAAACCUUUUGGGAUCCUUUCUCCAAAUGUUCUGUGCAGUAUGAGUGGGAAGAGUCCUGUGGAGAACAGCUUGAAUGUGAAAGCCAAAAAGAAUGUGCCGUCUGCAACAGUACAGCAGAGUGGAGAAGAAGGGCUGCCUGGCAGCUGGGCUAUCGUCAAGCCUGGGAAUACGAAGGAGAAGAUUGCAUUCUUCGCAGCCCACCAGUGCAGCAGCAGGAUGAUAGGGUCUAUGAAGAUCAAGAGCUCCUGGGAUAUCGAUGGGAGAGCCACUAAAAGAAGGAAAAAGUCAGGGGAUCUUAAGAGAGCCAAGGUGCACCUAGAAAGGAUGAGAGAAAUCAGCGGUCAGUGCUACCAGCCGGAGCCCUUUGCAUGUGGCAUCGAGCACUGUUCUGUGCAUUAUGUCAGGGACAGUGGGGAUGGUGUCUAUACGGGGCGGCCUCUGUCGGUGAUACAGAUGGUUGCCUUCCUUGAGCAGAGGGCCACUGCUCUGCUAGCUAGCUGUGCAAAAACCUGCACAAAUUCGCCUGCUAUUGUGAAGAUUACUGGCCCGUCCCGAGGUGUGCCACCUGAGCCCUUCUGUGCUCCAGGAACCUGUGAAGAACCCACGGAAAGAGGGAAUUUUGAGGCUGGCAGGCCACAGAGCGAGCCAGUCCGUGUCCUUGACAUGGUAGCCAGGCUGGAGUCCGAGUGUCUAAAGCACCAGGGCCAGCGGGAACCUGGGACCCUGUCACGGAAUAACAGCUUCCGUCGGCAUGUCGGCAGGGUGCUGCUCACCAGUGGUGCUCAGGCCAGUGACAAAAAGGAAAAGGGCACCGAAGACGACGAUGACGACGAUGCACCUGACAUCGAGGUGCAUCCCAUGCAGUCAGUGUCUGUGAGCGACCAGGCCUGGGAUGGUACGUCUCAGGGCUGUCCCUCACUGCCAGCGGGUGUGAGCUUUCAUGUGGACAGUGCAGAAUUAGAGCCCGGUCAGCAAACAGCUGGGAACAACUGCAGCAGGCACGACAUAGAAAUGACAGGUGAAUUUGAAGAAUUGCCCUUUUCUUCUCACACUUGUCUCCAAGCCACCGAAUUGCCCACAACUGUUAUCAGCUGUAUGAGUAGAGCCCUUGUCCCACUCGGGAGCCACAGUCCUGACCAGAGAAAGGAACCUGUGUGCAUCAGCAUCACUGUGUGCACAGUAGAGAAAGCGCAGCCUUCUGCUUUAGACCCCCCUGAAGAGCCUCUUCCAGGGAUGCUGUUUUUCCUGUCACCGGGACAGGACCAGCAAGAGUGCUCCUCCCAGUUGAAUGAACACACAACACAGGAGGCUUCGGAGGCCAGUAAGCCUCAAGAUGCUGCUGAGGGCAACCGUGUCUGCGAGGAGAAAGAGGUUUCUGUGGAGCCAUCUGUCCCGGCAGCCUCUCUGGUGGACAGUACAUUACCAGUGCUUGAGGCAUCCAGUUGGAAGAAGCAGGUGUCUCAGGACUUCCUGGAGACCAGGUUUAAAAUCCAGCAACUUCUGGAGCCUCAGCAAUACAUGGUAUGCCUGCCUCACCACAUCAUGGUUAAGAUCUUCAGGUUACUCCCCACCAGGAGUUUAGCGGUUCUUAAAUGUACCUGCCGCUAUUUCAAGUUCAUCAUCGAAUACUACAACAUCAGGCCAGCAGAUUCUCGGUGGGUUCGAGACCCACGCUAUCGAGAAGACCCCUGCAAGCAGUGCAAGAAAAAGUAUGUGCAAGGGGAUGUGUCCCUGUGCCGGUGGCACCCCAAACCCUACUGCCAGGCCUUGCCUUACGGGCCUGGGUACUGGAUGUGCUGCCACAGGUCUCAGAAGGGCUUUCCUGGCUGUAAGCUGGGCCUCCAUGACAAUCACUGGUUACCCGCCUGCCACAGCUUUAAUCGGGCACUCCAUAAGAAGGCACGAGGGAGCGAGACGGAAGAGGAGUACUGAAGUCCAGGCGAGAGGCCACAGGCCUGUGAAACACCGAGUCAACCCUGAGGCGUUGACUCCUUCCCCCUUUUCAGGAGUCUGCUCAGAUGAGACUGCCAUCGCUAGGGCAGUUUGUCAACUCUUAAUUUACCAACUGUACAUGAGAUGCGUUCCAUGGCUCGUGUAGUGGUGCCUCACAUCUAACCCUUUCAGCCGGGAAGAACUCUGCCUGUUUUCCUCCAUCAAGGACAUUCAGAGGUCACCAGGUAGUCUCCAUAAGGGGAUCUGAAGUGUUCCAGUACUGGCUCUGUACUUGAGUGGAAAAGAAAGCAAAACCUCUGAGAAUUAUGCCUAAAACAGAAAAUUGGGCACCUUACCUUACACCUUGUAUGCUUGAUCCUGUGAGAAUGUUUGCAGAUGGAUUUUAUGCCCUGUGGUGUUUACAGUGUAUAUAAUGGUUGUGUUUUCAUGGGGCUGUGAAAGUGCACAUUAAACCUGAGCGCCUUUACCUGGAGAUGAGUGCAUUGGCCCCUCUGUAAAUAAUGUGAUGAAAAUCCAAUAUUGUAUAUUAUGGCAGUUGACUAAACAUAAUCAACACAGAAUAAGACAGUAUCAUAUAAUAGUCAGAUUAAAACAUUGUCCAUCCUUU